UUUAAUUAUUCAGUAGCAGUUCAGUGUUACUGUUAACCUAUCGAGUGCAAUGAUUAUAUAAUUCUAGUUUAUUAAAAAUGAGUGAUUUAAAUUUACAGGUUCUGGCCGGACAUGGAAAUGUGGAGACAAAGGCGCCGACCGCAAUGCAGGAGGUAAACCUCGCACUCAAAGCGUGUGGUUUUGGUUUAUUUCACAUCCAACUCAUGUUUACAUCCUUUGUCGGCUUUGUGGCCGGUAUCAUGGUGACAAAUAGCACGCCUUAUAUAUUGCCAAUUGCUGAAUGUGACCUCAAUAUGAAUCUCUUGCAGAAAGGAGUGCUGAAUGCGAUGCCUUUUGUCGGAAUGGUUUCCGUGUGUGUAGUCGCUGGUUUUUUAACUGACACCUUUGGUCGAAAAAUAUUUUUAGUUGGUGGAUACGGGGGGCUUUUUGUAUUUACUUUUAUAGGUGGUAUAAGUCAAACGUAUCUGGUAUUAGUAACAGCCAAGUUGUUUGAAGGCAUGUUAUUUGCAGCAUCUUUCAACGCAGUGGUCACCUUAACAUCGGAAUUCUGUCACAAUGGAAUAAGGGAUCGCAUGAUGCUAUUGCAGUCAUCUUUCGCAGGGUUUGGUCAAGUGAUUGGGGCUUUAAUGUCGUGGGCAAUUUUAACACAGAAAUGGAGAGAUUCAUAUUUCAACGGAACUAUUGUACUUAACACUUGGAAUUUUUAUUUAAUAAUAAUGUCAAUGUGGUCACUGCUGGCUAGCUGUCUAUACAUGUUACUGCCUGAAAGUCCAAAGUACUUCAUAACUCAAAAAAGAUACGACGAAGCGAGGAAAAUCCUCAUUAACAUUUACACGCGGAAUACAGGGAAAACUGCAGAUAGCUUUCCGUAUCCAAAUCUAUGGAAGGAUAAAAUGAAGCUAGUCGAUGAGAGUCCCGAAUUGUCUAAUCAAAAAUUUGGUAGCAUGUUGACCGUCGGGCUACAUAAUAUCAAGCCAAUGUUCCGAAGACCGCUGGGCCUAUAUCUUAUACUUUUUAGUUUUAUGAUGUUCUUCUCUAUGAUCUUAUAUAACGUAAUACGUCUAUGGUUUCCCCAACUAUCGACAAUAGCUGAGUACUAUAGCACUCCAGAAAACCAAAACUUAUGUGUUAUGCUCGAUGCGUAUACAAGUGAUUUGAGAUCGAGGAACUUUAAUACUACUAAAAGUGAUGUCUGUAUUCCUGCUGUAAGUGGAACUGAAACGUAUUUGAAUAGCGUAAUUCUAGGAUCCAUUUGUGUAGUACCAUUCAUCAUUAGCGGUAUUCUAGUGAGCAGAGUGGGCAAAAAGUACCUAUACAUAGUUUGCGGCUUGAUUACCGUGGGGGCAACGUUAGGCCUCCGGUGGGCGAGCUCUAAGAUCGAAAUGGUUGCUUUAUUCUCCACUGAUGUUGCUAUUGCGCAAACAAUGAAUUCUUUAAAUCAAGCACUUGUAUUAGAGCACUUCCCGACUACAACGAGGUCUCUAGCCAUAGCCGUGCUGAUGACUUGCGGCCGUAUUGGAAGUUUGGUGGGUAAUAUUUUAUUUCCCAUUCUCCUCGACAAGGGCUGUGUCGUGCCCUUCUAUACAUUGGCUGGAAGUAUGAUAUGUAUUACCUCUCUGAGUUUUGUGUUACCAGUUAAAAAGAAAUAAUUAAGUUUCAUGUACCUAAUGUGUUGUUAUUUAAAUAAAAUAGGUAUGUAUAAAAUAUUAAUGUUCGUCUUUAUUCGCAUCUAUUUUAAAGUAGCUUUGUUUGGAGGAAAUACUUAAAUUAAUUUAAAUGAAACUAAUAUUUUUCGGAUUAAUUUAAAAUAAUAAAAAUCCGCGUAGUUUAUCCGAAAAAUAUUAGUUUCAUUUAAAUGAAUAAAACUCGCGAAAAUCUUAGAUUUCAUUACUUAAAUUAAUGCUUUAUAUAAAUGUUUUGUUUAAUGUUCGUUUGAACAUUGCCUUAUUCUUGCCUGAGAACAAACUUAUGAUUUAUUUAUGAAACUAAAGUAAAAAUGAAAAGGAUUGUAAAUGCAAGAAUGAUACCUCUUCUAUUAUUCUUGCUAGUUACAACACUAUCUUAACACUUCAUCAGAUUUUUUUAAUUUAUUUCUAAGCAUAGUAUUCAUUAUCCAUAAUAUUAGGUAGAUGCUAUUCAUAAUAGAAAAAAUAUUUUAAAAGAAAUUGAUGUAACUCUACUACUUAAGUAUAGUUCAGUACAACUAUAUAAAAAAACACAAUUACUUUAAACAUCAAGACAACUUUAUAUACCAGCCCAGCAAUUUCAUUAAAAGGAAACUUGCACCAUCAGUCUGCACUCUAUUUUGUUACAGUAAAGUAAAACUAUAUUCUUAAGACAAUUUUAUAAUACAUAAAUAAUAAAUCGUAUCAAAAAUUGCAUUUCUCUGAAUAAAACACAAUUCCAAAUUUUGGCCUUAAAUUAGCGCUGAUUUUAUAAUACUCAUUUAAUUAAGCUCUAACUCGGCACAAAACUGUAUUAAUUUCAUGAAUAGAGAAAAAUAUACGGUAAGAAAAUGCGCAAUGUUUUCUUUAAAACCCGAUAUAUAAACUUAAUGUCGUUGUUGUAAAAGAGAUCGUAUACUCAAUCUAUUAUGGACCUAAGAAUGCACUCAGGAAAGUUGAUGCGAAUAUUUCAUAGGAAAACUAAACAGAUUUUUUCCUCGCUAUUACACUUUUAAAACUUAAAAAUAAUAAUUCAUUAAAAAAUCCAAUGUUCCAAUAAUAUGAAAGGGAACAUUAUUAAGCAAUUUACUGUCUUUACACUCAUCAACUUGAACCGAUACAUGAAUUUCAAAGAAAACCAAAGAGAAACACAUCAAAGAAUUUUAUGAAAAUGAUGAAGGAAAUCUAAUUUUAUCGGCGAACGAGACUUCAUCCAUACAAAAUUGAAUUCCUUGAAAGCACAUCACACUGUUAACGCUGCCACAUUGAUGUACCAUAUAUGAUGAAAUAAAGCAAUUUCUUUUAUAAAGUCAUAAAAAUUAUUUUGUGACGUGUGUCAAUCAAGAGACUACGAGAAAACUGUACCGGGUCUGAAAAAAACAUGUCCAAGAAAGACCUACCUUGAUAAUAUUGAUUUCUUUGGAAAGCGGCAUUAAAAUUUUAGGGUAACUUUUUUACUGCAGUAGAAUUACUAAUAAAAUUGUUACCGAGGGUUUUUGAAAUGUAAACAUUUACAUUUAUACAUACAUUUAU